AUGCAGGAAGAACAGCAGCAGCAGCAGCAGAAAGAGCAGCUGCAGCAGCAGCAGCAGCAACAGCAGCAGCAAGAAGAGGAGAAGGAGCAGCAAGAAGAACAGCAGCAGCAGCAACAAAAGCAAGAAGAAGAACAAGAGCAGCAGCAGCAGCUGCAGCAGCAGCAGCAGCAGCAGCAGCUGCAGCAGCAGCAGCAGCAGCAGCACCGCUGCUGGUCCGAUAUAAUUCCUUAUUUAAAUUUAUUUUGGCCUUUUAUAAAGCAGCAGCAGACACCAGGAGAUGUAGAUAUUUGUGUUGUUUCUUCUCUGCUGCAGCAGCUGCAUGCAAUAGCUAGAUACAUACAGCAGCAGCAGCAGCAGGAGCAGCAGCAGCAGCAGCAGCAGCAGCAGCAGCAGCAACAGCAGCAGCAGCAGCAGCAGAAGUUCUCUCGUUAUCCUCUUUUUUCUGAAUAUGAUAGAAUAGGGGGAGAGUUUGCAUGCAGCAGCAGCUGCUGCUGCAUAGAUAGAGAACGCAUGCAUGCAUGCAUGCAGUGGAGCUCAGGCGAUGAAAACGAAGAACCUGUAUAUACACUGGGGGGUGGUAGCCCCCUUUAUAAUUAA